AGUUAUAGGUAGAACUUUUAAUGGUUGUUCACCAUAGACAUUUGGUUUCUUUGAUUGGAUAUUGCGAAGAAACUGGUGCAAGGGCAUUAGUUUAUGAGUACAUGGCUAAUGGUGACCUCCGGCAACAUCUAUCAGGUAAUAACCAGCAUACUUUGAAAUGGAAGAAUAGGCUUCAAGUUGCACUAGACGCAGCGCGUGGAUUAGAAUAUUUGCAUGAUGGUUGUAAGCCAGCAAUAGUACACAGGGAUUUGAAGACCACUAACAUUUUGCUAGAUGAAAAUAUGGAAGCUAAAAUUGCAGAUUUUGGAUUAUCUAGAGCUUUUGCAAAUAAUAUUGAUAGUCAUAUCUCAACUCGUCCAGCUAGGACUAUUGGUUACCUUGAACCCGAGUUUCAAAGUUCUGGCAACCUUACAAAAGGAAGUGAUAUUUAUAGUUUUGGGAUAAUUCUGCUAGAGCUAAUCACUGGACAACCAGCAGCAAAAAAGCAUCCAAGCAAUACCGUCAGUCUCCUUCUUCAAUGGGUUACCCCUAAAGUUAAAAAGAAGGAUAUCCAGUACAUUGUUGAUCCAAGAUUCCAAGGAAAAUAUAAUGUCGAUUCGGCUUGGAAAUUUCUGGAGAUAGCCAUGUCAUGCACUGCACCAACUGCAAUUCAAAGGCCAGUCAUAAGUCAAGUAGUUUAUGAGCUAAGGGAAUGUUUGGCAAUGGAGAUAAGCAUCGAAGUGACCAGCAGCGACCACCCCAACAAUUCAAGCAGUUCCAUGAAUACGAGUGCUUUGCAAUUUGAUUCAGACCUCAGUAUAUUGUCUGGAAGAUAGCUCCUUGUUUACGUUUUUUCUUUUCUUCCUGCUCAAUU